AUGUAUCCUGUCCAGUACGCUCCGCAGCCGUACAUAGUUGCUGUGACGCCCGCAUUCAAUCAACAACCUGCUCAGGCUUAUCAAGUGCCUCCAGUUUAUCGACCAACUCCGAUUCAACGUGUUACGUUUCCUCUAGUCUAUCAACAAGCACCAGUAGCUCCUGCCUAUCAACAACCGAGAGCUCAAGCUCCAAGGCAAAAUGCUCAGAACCAGAAUAGGAGGCAAGGGGAUAAGGCGACCUUCAAUCCAAUCCCAAUGUCGUACAUUGAGCUUUAUCCCUCCCUGUUGCAAAAGGGUUUGGUGGUUCCUAAACCUAUGGGACCUCCACCUGAUCGUCUUCCUCCAUGGUACAACCCUAAUGCACACUGUCCUUUUCAUGAAGGUGCCCCCAGGCAUGACCUAGAUGGUUGCUAUGCUUUGAAGCAUAGGGUUCGUGAGUUGAUUGACAGCAAGAUCUUGUCUUUUAAAGAUAUAGGGCCGAAUGUGAAGAAUAAUCCUCUUCCUCCCCAUGGAGAUCCCUCAGUGAACGCCAUUGAAGAUGCCUUUGCUGGUGUUAUGGUUGAGAAGGUGGAGGAUGUCAAGACUCCUCUGGCAGCGUUCCAUGCCCGGUUGGUGGAAGCUGGUCUGAUUAAUGAUAGUCAUGAAAAUUGUGAAGAGUGUGCCACAUACCCAAGGGGGUGUCAGGUGGUACGAGAUAACAUUCAAGACUUGAUGAAUAAAGGAGUGCUUCAGAUAUCCAGCGUUACGAAGAAUGAAGAUGUGUUGGUAAUUGAACCUUGCUUCAAUUUACCCGAACCAGUUGAAAUCCUAUAUUACAGUGGUGGAGUGGUUCUGGCGAAUAGUCAUUCGUCGCCUGUUGAGAUAUGUAUGCCCAUGUCUUUCCCAUAUGAGAGCACUAAGGUUGUGCCUUGGAAAUAUGAGAUUACCGUUGUGGACAAGGUCGUUGAAGGAAGUGCAGACGUCGAAGUGAUAGAAGCUGUGAGUGAGGACGUCACCAAUAUUGCCGGGAUGAGCAGAAUGACCCGUAGUGGUAGAAUCUAUACACCUGAAUUCAAUGUGACUCCUCAAGGGCCGACCAAGGAAUCUACAGUUGUAACUCCUACUAAAGAAACCGAAGUGGUCCAAUCUGAAGAUGUCGUUGAAUUCUUGAAGUUGAUCAAGAGAAGUGAUUACAAAGUGGUGGAUCAGCUGCAUCAAACACCAUCUAAGAUCUCUAUUAUGUCUCUGCUAUUGAACUCCCAAGCCCAUAGGGAGGCGUUGUUGAAGGUGCUUUCCCAAGCUCAUGUAACGCAAAGCAUAACAGUUGACCAAUUCGAUGGAGUAGUUGUGAAUAUCACAACUUACAAUACUUUGAGCUUCAGUGGAGAGGAAUUACCUGAGGAUGGACAAAGUCACAAUCAUGCUCUCCAUAUCUCGGUAAAAUGCAAAGAUGAUGCUUUAGCAAGAGUCUUGGUUGAUACUGGAUCUUCUCUGAAUGUUAUGCCAAAGAGAACACUCGCCAAGUUAUCUUAUCAAGGACCAGCUAUGAAACCUAGUGCCUUGGUCAUGGAUAUUAAUCCAGCGUACAGCUGCUCGCUGGGACGUCCUUGGAUUCAUGCUGCAGGGACAGUCACCUCCACUUUACACCAAAAAAUGAAGUUUGUGGUGGACAAUCAACUGAUCAUCAUUUCUGGGGAAGAGGACUUUGUGGUUAGUCAUCUUUCAUCCUUCAGUUAUAUCGAGGCUGAUGAGGACGCUUUGGAAACUUCUUUCCAAGCUCUGGAAAUAGCCAACGCCACUUUUAUGGAGAUGAAGGACCCUGUUGGGAAAACUUGUUCAUCUUUCGCUUCUCUGAAAAGCGCAAAGUCUAGCAUUGAAGGAGGAAACCCUAAAGGUUGGGGUCAACUUAUUGAUAUUCGUGAGAAGCAUGAUCGCUUUGGUCUGGGGUAUGUGCCUUCCGCUGUGAAAGGAGCCUGA